AUGACGGAUUCUAUGGAUGAAGCCAGCUUCAUCCAUGGAAAGUUGGAGAUUCCAGUAAAAGCGCACCGCCGGCCCGCUAGCGCGCCAAGCUCGCUAGUCGCCUGGCCUACCAGCCGCCGGCCCGCCAGUGCACGCCGGCUCGCAGACGCGCCAGCCAGUCGUCGGCCCGUAGGCGCGCUGGCCUGCAGACGCGCUGGCCUGCUGCGCUCGGCCGCUCGCCGCGCUGGUCUGGGCCGUGUCCCUGUCGGCCCGCGAGGGGAAGGGGCAGAGCCGCUCAGCCCGCCGCCGCCGCUCCAUGCCGUCGCCCUUCAAGUCCAUCGGCGCACCGGCCGGAUCUACUGUUCUGGCGGCCGGAGCCCUCCCCGAGCAAAUCCGCCGCUCUGCCCGGCCGGAUCCAAUGUUCCGGUGGCCGGAGCUCCUCCCCUCCCGACCAGACCCAAUCCCCCUUGCCCCCACUUCCAGAACCACUCCACCGCCGCUGCUUGCGACGUCCCAAAACCGGUGCGGGUGGUGAAAAAUAGAGGAGCAAGGGCCGGAUUGAAGGGGCCAGACGGUGCCGAGUACCAGCCGGAGGACUUCACGGCGGGUGUCGAUAUUUCCCCAGCGCACGAAGCCGGGAGGCGUCAGGGACGCUGCUCGACGGCCCAGAGUGCCGGUGUCUGUCUGGCCGCGAGUUCAGCAGCAUGGGGAUGCGCACUGACGCUUGAACUUGCCGGCGAAGGAGUUUGCGGAGUCGACGGAUGUGCUGGUGACCGAGAAAAAACAAAGGACGGGCUCCCACAAUCAUGCAAAAGAUUGCUUGCUUCUUCACCAAUUCAAACACUUGGCAGCCGUGCUUCCCACGAUUGGAGAAAUCGAGAUGUGCAGAACUCUGAUGUCUACUACCAGAACAUUUGGAACAUCUCGUAUUGGAAAAUGAGCACAUCGAGACUUACAGUUCUGGACUUCUGGUUAAAUUCUAUCGAUGCAGUUCAUGGUUGAAGACGAAGAUGAUGCCUCUGCUCUCGAAUGUGAUGAAGACUUUCACAUCUUUUUGCUGCAAAAUGCCGGCAACAAAAGAGAACCAGGAUCGUCGCCUUGUGCGCACGUUGGAUGAGGCAGAAAAAUUGCAUCUGUUCUUGCCAUCGUCUUCACGCACGGUGGAGAGCGAAAGUGAUGAUAACAUGUUUAGAGUAGUAGUACUGUAAUGUAAAUGUAAAUGAGAGACAUAAAUGAUA